CGAGUCUGGGUUUUGGUUGCACAGAAAUAUUUUCCCAGCUGCACGCGGUCAGCUAAUACUAAGCGUGAGCGCUCCCGACUUGUACCUCUCACCCCAUCCUCCAUCUGUGUCAAUUUUGUACAUAGUAUUUACAUUCUAUCGCACCGAGCUCCAAGUUCCAACGUACAGUCAAACUUAUAUCAUUUUCGUCGCUAAAAGCAACAAUAUGAUGUAAAGGCCCCGUAGGGCCGACGUAACCACCCUGAAGGACUCAUCGAUACCGAUGUAGCGCCACCUUCUCACUCUUGUUUUACUUGUCCCACUGCGGGUGUACUGACAGGUUCUCAUGUCCUUCAAUUACCAGGGCGCUCCGAUUUACAAUCCAAGUUCUCCGGACGUACUAGGACCGUCUACCUGGUCCAAGUUUGGAAAUGCGUUGUUGGCUACAGCGCUCUUCAGAUGCUGGAACAUCCUAGUCUUCUUUGGUGCUUGGUCAACUGCUAUCUGUGUGAUCAACCAUAGCGGCCAUAACCUAGCAUUACAGCCAACCCUUAUCACCGUAUUUGGUACUGUCCUUGGUUUCGUCGUUUCCUACAGGACCACUUCUAGUUUUGAACGUUACAAUGAGGGACGAAGGCUUUGGUCACAGAUUGUGCUUGGAAGCCGUACCUUCGCUCGCACCGUGUGGCUACACAUACCAGACAAUGCGUAUCCGAGUACUCAGGCACUCACAGACCAGCAAAAGGAGGAAUACAAGGCGAAGACUUUGAUUGAGAAGAAAACCGUCGUAAACUUGCUCGAAGCAUUUGCCGUUGCUGUUAAGCAUUAUUUGCGUGGUGAAGACGGUAUCUACUACGAGGAUCUGUAUCACCUCGUUAAAUUCCUUCCUACGUAUCCGCUUCCGCCGACAAUCCCUUCCGCCGUCGAUCUUAAUCGGACAAGUAUCACGAAUGAUGAUGUUCCUGCAUCACCACGUUCAGAGAACUUCUAUGAAUCAGAACUCACGAGGAGAGCACCGGCUCCGGGUCAACUUCCGCUCCCGACUACUGCACCUACACCUUCCCUUCGGGUCGCGACUUUUACGACGGAAAAGACGCUUCACACCGACGAGCGUCCACAAAGGGGCGUAAAGUUAGCCCCUGCUAUGAAUCCGCCCAAGUACUCGCUGCUCGAUCUAUUCCCGUUCUCGCUACUGGUUCGGUUGUUGACAAAGGAUGGGCUGCACAAGGACGGGCAUGCUGUUCAAGGAAGGAGGGCCGCGAGACGGAGAGCUGCGAUGCGCAGUCAAAAUUUGUACAACACUCCCCUGGAAAUCUCAUUGUAUCUGGGUUCUUACGUCUCUGCCCUGCAAUCUCGCAAGGUUGUUGAUGCACCAACUACCACUGUUCUACUCGCUACAAUCACCCAGCUUGUAGAUGCUCUAACCGGUCUAGAACGGAUUCUCAGUACCCCAAUACCAUUUUCAUACUCUAUUCAUUUGUGGCUGGUAACAGUUGUAUAUUGUUUGGCUUUGCCAUUCCAGGUCUGGUCAACGUUGAAAUGGGUCACGAUCCCUGCCACUGUUAUUGCGAGUUUUAUCUUCUUUGGCUUCCUCGUUGCCGGAGAGGAGAUCGAAAAUCCCUUUGGAUAUGACAAAAAUGAUCUGAACAUGGAUCACUUCGUGCACAACAUAAUACGCAAGGAGCUUCGCGCUAUCAUGACGGUGCCUACACCUGACCCUGGUGUGUGGGCGUUCUCCGAGGAGAACGACCUCCUUUUCGCGAGCUUGAACACAGAGGAACGCGUUUCACCCUCGGAGUGGGUGCAACGGGGUAUACCAAAGAUGCGAGAUGCGCUUAGACUGCAGUGAUCCGGAUAUCUCGGAGCCUGUGAAACGGG